AUGCGCCACGGAGGCCUUCAAGGUUCCGGAAUCAACUGUAUUUCUGUCCCGCAGUCGAACAAAGUAUCAGCGGCAUCGCAGACGCGGCAGAUCGAGGUGGGCGUGGCUGAGGAGGGCAAGCGCAAGCACAACAAGAUCAAGACCUCCAAGUACACGCUGCUCAUGUUCCUGCCCAAGAACCUCUCCGAGCAGUUCCGGAGGGUCGUCAACUUCUACUUCUUGAUCGUCACGGUCAUUGCUAUCGUUAUUGAUAGUCCAGUGUCUCCAUUCACAAGCAUAGCACCGCUGAGCUUCAUGGUGCUGGUGACGGCGGUCAAGCAAGGCUACGAGGACUGGCUGAGGCACAAGGCCGACAACAAAGUCAACAACCAGAUCGUUGAAAUAGUCCAUAAAGGAGUCAUUAAACAAGUGAAGAACUCGUCCAUCUCACCGGGUACACUGGUCAGGGUGAAACGUGGGAGAGAGGUGCCUGCUGACUUGGUGCUGCUAUGCGCGGAAGGAGCAAAGGGAAAAUGUUACAUAACCACGGCUAACUUGGACGGUGAGACCAACCUGAAGAGUCUAAGGGUUCCUCCACCGUUAGUAGGAUAUACUGCAGACAUAAUUCCGCAAGGGAUACGAAUCGAGGUUCCGGAGCCAGUGGCAGAUCUAUACACGUUUUAUGGACGCCUUGAGAUCCCCGGCAUGGAGAGCCUGGCACUGUCCACUGAGAACAUCAUGCUGCGAGGGUCACGCGUUAAAAAUACAGAAUGGGCCAUCGGAUGUGCCGUGUACACGGGAGAGGAAACAAAAUUGGCCCUCAACUCAAAAUAUGCAGGCAACAAAUUUUCUUCUAGCGAAACUGUAGUCAAUAAUUACCUAAUGUUCUUUAUAUACCUCCUCAUCCUUGAGAUGACUGGUUCGUACGUGGCGAAAAUGAUACUGGAACACUGGCAUCCUCAGCACGAAUUGUAUUUAGGACCAUGGGAAAAAGAUCCGUUUCACGUCAAGAAUAUAUUUCAGGAUUUAUUCUCGUUCCUGCUUCUAUACUAUUACAUAAUUCCGAUGUCGUUGUACGUCACCAUUGAAUUGUAUAAGUUUAUUGGCGCUUUCUUCAUCGGAUGGGAUCAAGACCUGCGUUGUGAUGAAACAGGCAGACCAGCGAUUGCUAAUACUUCAGAUCUAAAUGAAGAGCUGGGACAAGUGGAAGUAUUGUUUUCUGAUAAAACUGGAACUCUAACAAAGAACCUCAUGGUAUUCAAGGCAUGCUCUAUUAAAGGCCAAAUUUAUGAAGAGAGAGAUUCCAAACUUUACGAUUUAGAAAGAUUCGAUGAAGCCGUAGACAUUUUUCAGACAGACAUCAAAUUUUUCUUUACAAUACUCGCUUUAUGCCACUCGGUACAAGUUUCCAGUGAAGACCAGAAAAAGCUGAGUGCACGAUUUUCUGCGAGUGAAAGCUUGCAACUCAUGAAUAUCUUUCGCCGAAAAAAACAAAGCAAAGCGAAUGAAAAUGAUACUGAGGAAAAUGGAACUUGGAACAGAAUUGUUGAUGGGACAGCGAGUAAAGUGGAUUAUCAAGGAAGCAGUCCGGAUGAAAAAGCAUUAGUUGAAGCUGCUGAUAGAAAUGGAGUUACAUUUUUGGGCGAAGAAGGCAACAAUUUAAUACUCAAAAUUGAUGAUAAUACAGAGAUGUAUGAAAGAUUGCAGGUGAUUGAGUUCACUUCUGAGAGAAAACGAAUGUCGGUUAUCGUUAAAGAUAAGAAUGGCAAGAUAUGGCUGUUCUGCAAAGGUGCAGAGUCAUCGGUGUUUACAAUUUGCAAAGAUAGUAUAUAUAUUGAAGAAACAGACAAGGACAUUAACGUUUUCGCAAACAAAGGAUUGAGAACAUUAGCAAUAGCGUAUAGAGAAAUACCAGUAGAUGAAUAUGAACGAAUAUCUGAAUUAAUAAAAAGACUAGAUGGGAGUAGUCCAGAAGCAUUAAAGCAAGUGACCCAACAAUAUAGAGUUUUAGAACAAGAGCUGACACUGAUUGGUGCCACGGCUGUUGAGGACUGCCUUCAAGAUGGAGUGGCAGAUACACUUGCAUCUUUACGCAGAGCUGGUAUUCAAACAUGGGUACUUACUGGCGAUAAGGUAGAAACAGCAAUCAACGUAUCGCAAUCUUGUUCACACAUAUCAGAAAACGACAAGCGAAUGUACUUAGUAGGCAUUCAAAACGAAGAAGCCUUAGAAGCUCACCUAGAUAUAUGCAAGAGAACACUAGAUGAGCCUAGUUACAGAGACAUGACACUGAUAGUGGAUGGCAUGAGCAUGAGCCAUGUAUUGGACACUCCAGCUGCUGAAGUAUUUGUGGAUAUAUCAAUGAAAUUUCAUGCUGUAUUAUGUUGUCGACUAUCACCUAUCCAGAAAGCUAAAAUAGUAAAAUUAAUAAAAAACAGUCCCACGCGACCGAUAACAGCCGCGAUUGGGGACGGCGCGAAUGACAUAUCAAUGAUACAAGAGGCACAUGUCGGCUUCGGUAUCUAUGGUAAAGAAGGAUAUCAAGCAGCGAGAUCAGCAGAUUUUGCUUUCACAAAAUUUUCGAUGAUCAAAAAGGUGUUACUGGUUCUAGGCCACUGGUACUACCAGCGGCUAGCGACUCUGAUACAUUUCUUUUUCUACAAGAAUCUAGUCCUUGGUAAUAUUAUGUUCAUAUUUCAAAUAAAUUCGAUGUUCUCCACUCAGUCGAUAUUCGACUCAAUGUACCUGACAUUCUACAACCUGUUCUUCACCUCCGUCCCCUGCUUGAUACUCUCUGUGACCGACCAGAGGUGGCCGGCUAGUCUUCUGUUACAAAAUCCCACAUUAUAUAGGGGACUAAAGAAAAACAGUCUCCUGGGCUGGCAAUACUUCGUAGCGUGGUUCGUCGCCGCUUUCUACCACACAUUCAUCAUCUACUAUUUCACUUUUGUAUUGUUCGAGCCGUCGGUCAUCAACAUGGACGCGAAAAACACAGAUUUGUGGUCGUUCGGCGCCGUGCUGUUCCACAUGACGCUGCUGGUGGUGAGCCUCAAGCUGUGGCUGCAGGCCGGCUACCACACGCUCAUCUUCGUGGCCUCCACCGUGCUCUCCUUCCUGAUCUACGUCGCUUUCAACUCCCUCUACGCCUCAUAUGAUUUCCAAGUCGACGGUGAUGUCCUGGGAACCUACAUCAGGCUGCUACACUCGCCGACGUUUGGUUUCCUGAACCUACUGAUAGUGGUCGCUUCGCUUUGCCCUGACUACUGCGUCCGACUCAUUUCAGACAGGCGAGGAGCAAAGCAUAUUCGCUCUGACAACCAUGAAGCUGGAAUCUUCACGACUAGACUAUAAAAUAUAAAUAAUUAUAACCUGACUAGAAAAAUAAAAACCUAGCCGUAUUCAUAGAUUAAAGAUGAUUAUUAGAUUAGGCAGAUAGAGCGCACGGAACACUGCGGUCGAAUUUUUAAUAAUCGCUGGACAUACAUAAAAAAAAAUUACAUUCAGCCGAACGUAGAACCUCCUCCUUUCUGGAAGUCGGUUAAAAACUAAUAAAUAUAUUCUCGUGUAAGGUCGUCGCAUCAGUAAUUUUCAAUAUUAUUCAAGAAAAGACGACAUCAAGAAGGUAGUGGGAAGUGGCUGGAUGAG